AUGAAUGAGAACGAGAACGACGUCGAGAAAAAAAGAAUCAAAGCUUUACACUCUGAACUCGAAUCGCUGCUUCGUUUGCAUGUUCACACCGAGUGGGUGGAGAAGUGUUUUCACGCUUUAAAAGAAGAAGAAGAAGAAGGUAUCAAAGACGACGAAUGGUUCUUGUCGCGCACGUACGACCAGUUCAUGUUCGCGGACGUGAACGUCGCCUGCCACGGCUCCACGGUUUUGGAGAAAGAGGAUUUAGAAAACAUGCACGAGACGAUCGUGAAAGGUCGGUUCGUAAUGCAAAUAGACGAGCUCGUGGACGUCGGGAAACCGUUUGCAAGUCGGUACGAGAAUAGUACUAAAAAUGGUCCAAAUUUACAGGCGAGGUGUUUAAAAAUGAACGCGACGGAUGGGAAGCGCAGAUACGUGUUGUACGAGUAUUCGGCGAUACCGCAGUUGGACGCGGUGGAAACAAAAGCGGGGUGUAAAGUCGCCUUGAUAGAUCCGAAGGUCGUCAAUGGGUGUUUGUACGUGGAUAAGGAGAGGUUAGUCGUGUUGGGCGGGCAAGUGACGCGGUUGGAAGCGGCGAGACAGAGGAUGUUGAAGAAGUGGAGGGAGCCGAAUAGGCCGGAGGAGUUGACCGGCGAGAGCGCGAAUAGGAGAGAGGCGUGCGAGAAAGUGGCGUGGGGGAGAAGCGGUGGCGCGGCGCAAAAUCAGCAGCAACGAGAACAACAAGAACAAGAACAACGACGACGACAGGCGCCGCGAAAUCCUCCUCCGCAGCAGCAGCAGCCGCCGCGACGGCAUCGUCAACAAGAACAACAUCAGCAAAAUAGAAACGGAAUCAUAGAACUAGACUUGGACGACGACGAUGACGACGACGCACCGGACGAAAUUGAAGUUAUUCCAAACACGCAACUUGACGAGGAUAGCAUGGAAAUAGAAGUCGAGGAAGAAGAAGAAGAAGAAGAGGAAGAAGAGGAUGUGCAAGUCCCGCCGGGGGAGCGACCUUCGCGUCGCAAACGCGUCAUUCUCUCUUCUUCCGAGGACCAAACGCAAACAACGCAAAGUAACAAAAAAAACAACAAAACAUCCGUCGAUGCACCGACCACGGCGACAACAACAAACACCAACUCCACCAAUCGAAGUUUAUCCGCGUUUACGCAAUCCGAGGAGUUCCGCAUCGCCGUCGAGGUUCAAAAGAACGCUACCAAUGGUCUCUGGUCGUACAUAUCUUGCAUCAAACGCCUUCGCCGAGCUAAAGUUGGUAAACCUGACGAUACGCGAACAAUCGUGUUCAACUUGCUCGCGUGGAUAACCCGCGUCGAUUCCAUCGCGCUCAAAUCGAACGGCAAAGGCGGCUAUAAAUGGCGCGCAAAAAUCCAGCUCCAAGAUUCCACCCAAUACCUCUCCGUAUGGAUCAAACACGACCAUCUCGACCCGUUCACGGAAUGUACCGUGGACCAAUACGCGUCACUCUCCGAACCUGAACGCUUAAACGUCCAAAAAACGUUCCAGAAAAACUGCUUCCAAUUCUGCGGCGUCGUCUUGGUCGAGGCUUUGAAAUACGAGCGAGAAAACGAAGACAUCCCGUCCAUACUUUCCAUCUUACACGACGGGAAGUUGAAGAAGAAUCUGUUGACGGCGUUAGAGAACAGAUGCGAGAAGACGCCGUUCGUUUAG